ACGGAAUAACAUUCCUCGUAUUCUCUCCGUAUAUGUGAUAAAUAUGGACCCUCCUCUGGUAAAUGGUGUGUCCCCUUGUGAAGGGCCUCCUGGGACCAAAGUAAAGAUAUGGGGCGAGAACCUUGGCCUGAGUGCGGCAGAUAUCACUAGUAUAAUGAUAUGCGGCCAGGAGUGCGUGGAAAUGAUGGAGUGGGUCUCAGAUCAUAAAAUACUCUGUGAGAGCGGGGGAGGGAUUGGGCGUGGUCGGAUAAUAGUGACGUCACAGAGUGGAGGGUCCGGAACAUGUACGGUGUAUUUCACUGGAUUGGAGCCGACGUCCCCUGGGAGCCCACGUUUGGAUCCAGAGUCAGAGAGCAGCGUGUGGAUGGACGAGAACUGGGAGGUGUUUGGUAGCGAUCAGACAGUAAUAGAAGGACUCCCUGCCCUCUCGGGGAGUAAGUCUCAUUUCUCCGAUCCUCUUGGUAUCAUUAAGGGGCGUGUCGGUAGGAAAGUCUCCAUGGAUGUACUUCAGCAGUUGGGCCGGCCUGAAGGAAGUGCUAAUCUGUUGGCAGAGGAUUUCAAUCCGGUUUUAUUCCUGCUAGAGAAUCAUUGUGGUACCAGCUACCAGCAGCUCCAGCAGGGGCUGGACCACCUUAAGGGAGAGGUGGAGAAAACCCAACAAGCUCCUGCUCAAUUCAUUGAGAAUAAUCUUGAUGCUUUCAUUCAAUGCUACGACGCACUGUCUGAUGUCAAUAAGUUAAUGUUGACUAAUGAAAAGGACUCUGAUGGACUGACUGACAAGCUUGAGAACUAUUUUAGAAGUACAACAUUAGAAGCUGAGGCCUUGUUCCAAGGUUUACUGAACAGGAAGUUAAAAGCUGACACAACUCGUAAUGCGUUGACCGUCCUACAGAGGUAUCGGUUUUUAUUUAACCUACCACGCUCUAUUGAAAGAAAUAUAAAAAAUUUUGAAUAUGAAAUUGUUACUAAUGAUUAUGAAAGGGCAAAGUCACUUUUUGCCGGUACAAAGGUCAAAGUUUUUGCUAAAGUUUUAAAAGAAGUUGAGAGUAUGGUGUCUAAAUUUCGUUCAGAUCUUCGUAAGCAAUUACUCACAAAUCCUACAACUUUUGAGAACCAGAAGAAGCUGAUCAAGUAUCUAUUGGAUCUUGAUUAUGUUGGUGAUCCAUGCUGGGAGUGUGUGAGUGGAAUGCACAGUUGGUUGCUGAGCCAGUUGUUAGAGGCUAAAAUGAGAUACCAAACAGAUACUGAAUUUCUUGAUGUUCCAUCAAUUGGGCGUGGUCACUCCCGUACCCAAUCAAACAGCAGUGGGGGGAGUGUCUAUAGCAAGGCUACAGUUGGUUCUCACAGCCGUAAUCCUGAUAGUACUCAUGACGCCAGCAGUAAACCAAAGAGAAUUCAAUUCAUUGAGAAACUAAUCGACAUUAUUGCAAAUAACCUUCCUAAUUUCUUUAAACUUGGACAAGCUUAUUUCAACCGCUCACUUUUUAAUACAACUCUUAAUGAGAACCAAGAUAAUAUAAUUAGUGAGAAUAUUAGCACUAAGGUUCAUGUAUUUGAUGAGAUGUUGCUGGAGGUGUGUGAGGUAUACACUGAUCUUGUCAAUGCUAGUCUCUUUGAAGAUGCCCUUACUGAUCUUCCUCCAGACAGGGUUUCCAAACUCGGCGAUUGGAAACCCUUUGAUGACGAUCUUGCUGAAGUCUCGGGUGCCUGGCUACCACUCUGUGUCAGGAAAAUAAGGACUUGUCUUUCUUUAUUGCAAGAUCUUCCAUUGCCAGCUGCUCCUCUUUCCCUCGUCCAGCAGCUCUCCCUCAACGUGUGCACCCUCUCCUCUGACACACUCUUCCUGAGGACCACUAAAGAUAUUGAGGGAUUGUCAGAGAGGGAAGACUGGAGGGUACAGGAUGAAGAGGGGAGCAUCAUAACCAGUCUGCCUGUUCUCUUUGAGAAUAUUGUGAUUGAUGUCCUCCUGACGGUGAAAGAGAUUGUCAUUGAGACGCACCCUGGGGAAACGAAGGAACAGAGGGAUCAGCUCUCAUCCUCUUCAGUCGAGUAUUUUCAAGGAUUGCUUGAGGACUUUUGUGAAUGUCUGACAAUGUUAGCUGCUCCUCCAGACGGGGAAAGUAUUAAAAGCAGCAUAACACGUCAGGAAACCUUUAGCGGCGCCCUGUCAGAGGACAAUCUUAACGUCCCAUUACCCGAGGAACAGCUGUUACUGAUACUCAGUAAUAGUUAUUAUACUCGUCAGUACGUCUCUCCGAGAUUAUUUGACUGUUUCAUGAGUCACGGAUACCCAUCAUGCCCUCAAGUCGAACAGAAGUUUAUAGAGCAGCUGGGUGAGCUGGAGAGAAAGGUGUUUGAGUAUUACAUUAGGCUCAAAGUUGGUCCACUCGUCAAACUGGUUGCUCCGGGUAUUCACGGAGGGUAUUUCGAUUGGGGCACAGACUCAGUACCCAAAGGAAUAAGAUCUUACAUUAAAGAAAUACUGCUGUACUUUGUACAUGUACACGCAGAGGUUUCGAGUAUUUCUGAGCACAUAACUCAACAAGUUUUGUCCCAACUCCUCGAGAAACUAAUUGAUGAGUUCCACGAGCAGUUGAGGAGAGUCACAUCAUUUAGUAACCAAGGAAGACUAGUGGGUUAUAUUGAAUUGCUUGUUCUACAAGACACUUUAGCAGCUUACGUGACUCCAUCUACAAGGGAUAAAUUUAUGGAGAUUUAUGAUGUCAUUGGCAGCAAAUUAAUAACAAAGUCGUAUGGACGCAAUAUUCGUGAUUUAUCAGAGUCGUUUCACGAGUCAAAUUCUCUUCAGUUUAGAUGCUUUCGUGCAACCGAGAGUUUUUAAAACAAUUUUAUAACAUCAUCGUUGUGUGUGUGUGUAUGCAUAUGGUCUUUAUGUACAUGUAUUCAUGUUCAUGUAGGUUUUAUGUUCUCAUCAUUUUGAUUAAGCUGUUCUAAUAUCUUUAACCCUUCUCUCA